UUCAAGAAGCAAAGCAAGAUAGUUUUUCAUAUUUAUUGGAGAAGUAACAUGUGAGUUUAGUCUUUGUUAUUGAUAUUACGGUGUAUUUAUUUAGUGGAAGACUAUACGAAAAAUGUGGGAUUAAUAUUUGUAUUGUUGAGGACGAAGUAAAUGACGAAUGAAUAUGUGUACGCAGUGAACGGAAUGUAAGGAUUCUGUUUGUUAAAUUGACGUAAUAAAGUCAUUGGAUUAGCAACACUAUCUGGCAUUCAUUAUAAUAAAGUUUUAAUUACAUGCAUAGAUUAAGAGUACUUGAAGAGCUUUUGCUAGUGAUUGCCAUUACCCAAUUAUUUGCUGUGUACACAAUUAUAACGAAUUCUGUUUGGAUUAUGUCAAGAGCCUUGCAUAAAUUGCUCUUUCAAUGUCAAACUUCAAAGAAACCAUCUCCAAGAAUAACACUCACUCAAGUUCUCCAACACAUUCCAAGCCAAGAUAUAUCAAGAAACUGAACUUUAAUGAAGACAUAUCAGAUUCUGAGUAUGACAAUGAGAAUAAUGAAGAAUCCAAUGUUAUUCCUAGACUGGGUUAUACAAGUGUAUCACAUAUAGAAAAGAAAGAAUGGAUUCAGCAAUGGAUUGAGGCACAUAAUUCCUCUACAGACAUAAAUAAUGAUCUGUGUCCAGCAUCUCCAAUUCUUCAAACCACUGUCCUUAGACGGAAGCAAAAGUCACCAAUAUUGAACAGUCAUCGUAAAUGUAAAAAACUUAAAGUUGUUUUGUCUGAUAUUACACAUACGAAGAUUGUAAAUACUGAGUCUACUGAUUAUGAUGAAACUCGACAGUGUGCAGAAGAUUUUCAUAUAAAAGAAUCUGAAUUUGCACAAGAGAGCACUCCAUUACGUUUGCAAAUUCAUCCUAGUGGCUCGCCCAUCCUCAGUACAGGUUUCUAUACUUUUAGGAGACGACAGAAGGCACGUAAUAAUUUGUUUAAGCAAAAAAAAAUUGAUACCCCUACUGUAGAAAGUUCCAAGCUUCCGGACACAAAUAUGAAUACACUAUUAGUGGAAAGCAAACCAGCUGAGUCAGGUUUGUCGAGAUGUAAAGUAAGCAAUAUUAGUCUAUUUGAUAGACAUAAAAUUGUGGCACAGAAGAUAGAGUCUCAGCCAGAAAAAUCUGUACUAAAAAAUGUUCAAAGUAGGUUGAUAAACAAACCAACAAGCUUCAUUGAAAUGUCACCUAGUACAGAUACUGAACGCAUAGAAUUUGAAGAGAGUGAAACAGUUAGUACAAAUCAUACAGUGCAAGAAUCUGAUACUCCAAGUGAUAGUGACAAAACUAUCAGUGAUAUAAUAGAGGAUCCUGAGACACAAGAUAUAUUUUCUGAAGUGGAGUAUAAUAAUAUUCCAAUGAAUGAGAUCACAUUUCCACUUGACAAAAACUUUUCCAUAUGUCCAUCAACAAGCUGUAAAGAAACAGAGCAAAAUAUUUCUAUCGAACCAGAACCAGCGUCCUCAACAGUAACAUCUCAAAAAAUUUCUGGCACAUCCACUAGCAAUGGUGGUAUCGGAACAUCAUCAGGUCAUACGGAAAUAACAAUAAGCACGGAAGUAACUCCACCAAAAGUCAGCGAUGAAACCAUAUCCGGACUGGCUUUGCUAAAUUCUGGGAAGAAACGUAAAAAGCCAAGAAAAGGAAGUUUAGUGGAAAAACUACAGAUGCUGAUCAAGAGCCAAGUGUCAUACGUGCGCAUCUGGCGUCAUCAAAUGAUUCAAAUCCAAGAGAAUGCAACUACUCAAUACAUAUCGCUAACAGUUAUUGAUUAUUUAACUCGAUGCGAUAGACAAUUUAUCACUGGUUUAGUAAUCGACGAUCCUAGUCAACUAUUAAGCAAUAUCGCCAAUCGAGGAUCUGAACAAAUCUCUAGAUUAUCAUUACAGAAGAAGAUAAGUAACUUUGUAACAGUAGUAAUGAAUCCUGAGAUUGUUGGUAAUAUAAUGUCAAUAGGUCAGGACAGACCAGAACUCUACGAGGAGGUAAAAUUAUACAAGAAUGCCAGGGAACGUGAGAAGCACGACAAUCAAGCAGACCUAUACGCUGUUGUAAAUACCCUACAACAUUUGGAGAAAGCUUAUAUUCGUGACUGUGUGACUCCCAAGGAGUACACAGCAGCAUGCAGCAAGUUACUAGUGCAAUACAAAGCAGCCUUCAAACAAGUGCAGAGUGAUCAAUUUCCCACGAUCGAUGCCUUUGCCAGAGCAUUUCGGUUGGAUUGCCCAGCUGCACUAGAAAGAAUUAAAGAAGACAGGCCGAUCACUAUCAAGGAUGACAAGGGUAACACCUCCAAGUGUAUCGCUGAUAUAGUUUCCCUGUUUAUCACGUUAAUGGACAAACUUCGCCUGGAGAUAAAAGCCAUGGACGAACUUCAUCCAGAUCUUCGAGACUUAAUGGACACUAUGAAUCGUCUCAGUAUACUACCCAGUGAUUUCGAUGGAAAGCAGAAAGUUGCCGAAUGGCUUCAAACCCUAAACAACAUGUCUGCAUCUGAUGAGUUAUCAGAAACACAGGUCAGACAAUUAAUUUUUGAUCUAGAGACGUCGUAUAAUGCUUUCAAUAAGAUACUUCAUAAUUCCUAAAUUUUAACUUUGCUACGGCCAUUUGAGCAACGCUCAAUUCAAUUUUGUCAUUUGUCUUGUAUUUUUCAACAAAAAGAUAACUAAGAUUUGACAGGUCAAAAAAAUAUCUAGGUAUGUUUUCAUCAAUGAAAACUUAAUUCGUUCUGACUUAAGGACAAAGAUGGAUAAUUAUAUAAAAAAUGUUCUGUGCAUCCAUAAAACAAUACUGUAAUGACAUGCCGCUUUGCACAGAGUUAACUAUUUUCUAUGCGAUUCCUUGUACACCAUAUAUUAUAUAUACAUAUAUAAUUUCAAGUAUAGAUUAAUAAAGUUACUACUAGUUAAAAUGAA